AUGGACACGAACGAGCAGGAAGCCCGCCCGCCUAUGUUGAUGCCCCACCCGUCGGCCAGGUCGCAGAAGAACCCGCGUGAGCUCAUGAUUAACACGGUGCGACAGAUGAUGUACGUUUCGGGCGAGACCGCCGAGCCCUCUGUUGAGACUACCAGUAUCAUCGAGGACAUUGUGCGGCAGCAAGUCAUCGAGUUGCUUCGCAACUGCACCGAGCUGGCCUCGCGCCGCGGCUCCAAGUCCAUCAGCACAAACGACCUCAUCUUCCAGAUCCGGCACGACCAGGCCAAGGUGUCGCGACUGCGCACCUUCCUCUCGUGGAAGGACGUGCGCAAGAACGUCAAGGACUCGGAUGACAAGGGCGCCGACGCGGACCUGGCCGCGGGCGACGACCCAGUGGGCGGUGUCGUCGCCGGCUCGGGUCCCGUCGACGAGGCGGCCAAGAAGAACAAGAAGGCCAAAGUCGGCCUGCCCUGGGAGCCCGCCUCCUUCUUCCCCGUCGAGGUCCCCGAGCGCGACGACGAAGAGGACGAGGAGGAAGACGAGAUGAACUACAUGACCCUCCAGCGCCUCCGUAAGGCGGACGAGCGCACCAAGCUCAUGACACGAGAGGAGUACGUCACCUGGUCCGAGUACCGCCAGGCGUCCUUCACCUGGCGCAAGGGCAAGCGCUUCCGCGAGUGGGCCGGCUUCGGCGUCGUCACCGACAGCAAGCCCUCGGACGACAUCGUCGACAUCCUCGGCUUCCUCACCUUCGAGAUGGUGGCGACCCUCACCGAGGUCGCCCUCAAGGCCAAGGAGCAGGAGGACCUGGCCCGCGCCCAGUCGGGCGCCGACAGCGUCGCCGGCGCCAAGAAGCGCAAGCACCAGCACGGCCUCUUCGACCCCCCCAGCGAGGGCAAGACGCCCAUCGAGCCGCGCCACGUCCAGGAGGCGUUUCGCCGCUUCCAGCAGCGCCCCAAGAAGUCGCGCGCCAUGCUCAACGGCACGCGCCUCAUCCAGCACACGCCUCUCAACAUCAUCUAG